GGCGAGGUGUUGCGGCCGGCGCCAUUUUCUGAGCCGCCUGUUUUCGGGUGCCGCCAUGUUGGUGAGGAGAAAUCACCGUUACGGCCACUACCCAAAUCCCCGCGUCGCUGCACGCCGCCCGCCGGCUCCCACGCCUCAGCCUCCGGCGGCGAAUACAGACUAGAGCGGCUGCGCCGGCAGCGCGGGGCCGUUGCCCAGUCUUUGCAGUUAGAGCCCCAUCUCUCUGGCGUGGUUGUUAAUAGACUGGAAAAGUCUGUGUCUGUGUCGCUCACUAGUAACCGUGAGUUUUUACCACUUCGUCACCUGUCGGCGGCGGCCGGGAACAGGUGCCCGCAGGCGGCGCCGGGGUCCUCCCCGCGCCCCGCAGCCGCCGCAGCCGCCGCCGCCGGCCUCCAGACCUGCCCUCCAGCCCCGCCCCGUUCUUGACCAAACAUGACAGACUCUGAACAUGCAGGGCACGACAGAGAAGAUGGUGAGUUAGAAGAUGGAGAAAUAGAUGAUGCAGGAUUUGAAGAAACACAAAACCAGGAAACAAAAGAGAAUGAAAAGCUUAAAAAUGAGAAAGCCUACAGAAAAUCAAGAAAAAAACACAAGAAAGAAAGAGAAAAGAAAAAAUCCAAAAGGAGAAAACAUGAGAAACAUAAGCAUAACUCUCCAUCUGGUGAUGAUAGUUCUGACUACAGCCUGGAUUCAGAUGUUGAACGUGUGGAAAGUUCGUAUAAGAAAAGAACCAGCGUCUACAGGGAGUAUGACAUUCCAUUUUCUCAGCGUGAACGUAUAUCAGGAAGUUAUAUGACAUCAAAGAAGAGACAACAUAACAAAAAAUUUAACAGUAAAGAGUAUGCCGAGUCCAGUUUCUACAGUGAUGACAACUUUGGUAACUACAGUGAUGACAACUUUGGUAACUACAACCAGGAAGGAGAAGAAGAUUUCUCCAGUCACCUGAAAUACUAUCGACAAUCCCAGGAAUCCUCAGGGUCAUCGUUUUCUAAAGAAUCAGGGAAAAAGCAGAGAACUAGAGGAAGCCCGCCAGGUACAGAAUAUCGGAGUAAAAGUUUUAAUAUUAGUCAUGGACAUGUUUUGCCAAAGAAAAUCAGAAGAAAAGACCACCGUGGAGUAAGAGUCACUAAGGGGCCUAAUGUCUUUUCAGGAAUGGAUGACUUUCAAGAGUACAGCAAACCAGGGAAGAAGUGGAAAGUUAUGACUCAGGAGUUUAUUAACCAGCACACAGUAGAACACAAAGGAAAACAGAUCUGUAAAUACUUCCUGGAAGGGAGGUGUAUUAAGGGAGAUCAUUGUAAAUUUGAUCAUGAUGCAGAAUUGGAGAAGAAAAAGGAGAUCUGUAAAUACUAUUUACAGGGAUAUUGUACCAAAGGCGAUAACUGCAUUUACAUGCAUAGUGAAUUUCCUUGCAAGUUCUAUCAUAGUGGAGCAAAGUGCUACCAAGGAGACAAUUGUAAGUUUUCCCAUGAUGAUCUGACUAAGGAAACAAAGAAACUUUUGGACAAAGUGCUGAAUGCUGGCGAAGAGCUCCUGAAUGAGGAUGAGAGAGAGCUGGAAGAGCUUAGAAAGCGGGGCAUCACUCCUCUCCCCAAGCCGCCCCCUGGAGUGGGGCUUCUGCCAACCCCGGCAGAGCAUUUUCCCUCUUCUGAUCCUGAAGACAGUUUUGAGACAGAUCUUUCUGAUGAUAUGAAGAAAAUUCCAUCUCUUUUUGAAAUAGUUGUAAAACCUACUGUGGAUCUAGCACAUAAAAUUGGGAAGAAACCACCAGCUUUUUACAACAGUGCCUCACCCCCAGGACCACAGUUUGAGGAAAGCAGUCCCUGUCCACAGCAUAUGUACAGUUCUGAGUCAAGUCCAGGUCCAGGACCUAAUGUGCCCCAAGGAUGUGACAGUCCUGUGAGGCACCCAGGCUCCCCUGGACAUCAUCCACAUCAUCCAUGUGUGGGGCCUCUUGGUCCACCAACUCAAGAGAGCUCACAUUUGCCACCUGCUUCGUCUGAAAUGAUAGGCCCUCAUAGUCAAGCUGGAGGGCUUGUUCAGCUAGACACACCACCAAGUAUGGGUGGAGCUUAUCAUUCCCCAGGCUUCCCAGGACACGCGAUGAAAGUCCCCAGAGAGAAUCACUGCCCUCCAGCUUCACUGUACCAGCAGAUGCCUGGCGAAGUGCAGCUUGGCACCGACUCUGAGGCCCUGCAAGUCCCAGCCGAGCUUUAUGACGAUCACUACCCACAGCACACUGCACGUGGUUUCCAAGCACCUGACAACUCUGCUGAUGAAAUGUGGCAUGAAGAGUUUGCCCAGCAGCAGCCUCCUAUUGCUCACGGCUCCCCUAACCUGGGGAGUGGGCCCAACAGCAGCAGCAAUAUGUGUCCCUGCCCUCUGCCUGCCUCAGGGCUCCCUCCUGCCGUUCAGAGAGCUCUUUUCAUCCGAUUGACUCAGAGAUACCAAGAUGAAGAACCAGCUGCCAUCCAGACUCAUAGGGCAUCAAGCAAGGAAGAAGAUGAUACAGUUAACUGGUAUUCCAGCAGUGAAGAGGAAGAAGGAAGUGGUGUCAAGUCAAUAUUGAGGACAUUGCAGAAACACACAGGAACUCUCAGAAAUCAGCAACACCCUCCCACAGAGCUCAGCAUUCCUACUGACCCAAGACUGGCUAAAGAGAAAAGAAAAGGAAGUCAGGUGGUCGACCCAAGGCUUCGGACUGUCCCAAGGCAAGAUAUUAGAAAGCCUUGUGAGUCUGCCCCAGUGGAUCUCAGACUUGCGUGGGAUCCCCGGAAAUUAAGAGGGAAUGGAAAUACUCCCGGGGGCUCCUCAGUUAGUGGAGCAAAGUCUGAUUUACAUCAUGCACAUGCUGGUGCAAAUUGUAAACCCAAAAGAAGAGAUGAUGAUGAUGAAGAUACAGAAAGGGAACUGAGAGAAAAAGCCUUCUUAAUACCUUUGGAUGCUUCACCUGGUGUAGCACUCCACGAUCCAAGGUCACAGUUAAGACAAUUCAGUCAUAUUAAAAUGGACAUUAUUCUAACCAAACCCAACUUUGCAAAACACAUUGUGUGGGCUCCAGAAGACUUACUCCCAGUACCUUUACCUAAACCUGAUCCAGUAUCUUCAAUCAAUUUACCUCUGCCCCCGCUUAUAGCUGACCAGAGGCUCAAUAGGUUAUGGAAUGCAAAAAAUGAUCAUCAAAGUGCCCUGUCCCUUGAUCCAAAAUCAGCAGCCAAAACCAAAAUGAAUCUAACACACAGAGAGGGCUACUUAGAGCCGUUGGGAGACUUACAUAGUUCAGGGGGUAAAUUAGGAGACCCUAGGCUGCAAAAGCAUUUUGAUCCUCGGCUUCACAGACUGUCCAAUACAGAGUCUCAUCAAGUGGCUUUGAAGGACUCACAUGCAUCAAAGAAUGCCCCACCCUUAGCUAAAUCAAACCCUGCUUUGUCACAGCCCUCAACAGCAGUACCUAUUAAUGCUGGCCCUGUGACUCUUCCUCCAUAUGCCCCCAAACUCUCUUCCUCUGAUGGCCUCCCACUGGGAACUUCCAGUUCUGUUCUUAGUGGCAUCAGUUUGUAUGAUCCUAGAGACAAGGGGUCAGUGUCUGCAUCAGAGCUAUCCACCAUUUCUUCGGGAGAAAAUGCAGAGAACCAGAAGAAAGGUGGCUUGAAAAGUAGUGAUAAAAACGAACCUUCCCCUGAAGAAGUGAUCCCACCACAGCAACCUACUGCAGAUGUGAAGGUCCCUGUCACUGGGCCAGCCGACAUGCAGGCGGACAUUCUCAGGAGUGCUGAUAAGGUUCCGGUCCCUGCUGUGCACAGUCUUCCCAUUCAGGCCCUAACAGGCUUAAUUAGACCUCCAUACGGUGAUCCAAGGCAGGCAAGAGAGCCAGGACAGGCAAGCCCAACCCCAGAUGAGGAUCCCAGUACAGAAGCCGAUGACAAAUCUCUGAAAGAGGUUUUUAAGACAUUUGAUCCAACUGCGUCACCAUUUUGUUAGCUGUUGUGUAGUUAAGCUGUUCUCACGCUGACUGUCACAGUCCUCUGCUGUUUUGUAACUGGUUUACCUCUAUAGUUUAUUUUUUAAAUUAUAAACAUUUUUCAGCUGCUAGUAUCAGAACCACAUGAACUUAUAUCCUCUAAAGUCUGUGGUAUUUUAUAUAAUAUUUUUGUAACUUCAAGAGACUGUAGUAUAGGAAUACAUAUCAUAUUAGCUUUAGUAAAAGUACUUUUACUGUUAAAAGUGAACCAUCAUGAACACAACACUCAGCCUGAGUAUAUGCCAGUUGUCUUUCAUAAUCAUUGUUUAGGGUAACAGUUACCACUUUUAUAUGGUUGUUUAGUUUCAAGCAAUAUUAUAUACGCUACUUUUGAGAAUCAGUAUUUUAACUAGGAUCCUCUCUUCCAGCACAAAACUGAUUAGUGUGUAACGCCAACUGCUAAGUAAGAUGGAAGGU